AGAGGUUUGUGUAGGGUUCUAAGUUUUGUUUUUGUUUUUGUUUUGCUGGGGAAGAAGAAGAAGAAGCAGAACCAAAUACAGUUUUCAAAUCGACUUGCAAAAAUUCAAGCUUUUACAUUGUUUCCACCACAAAACAACUCAAGGAGGAGAAAUGAUUCUUCCAUAUUCGACACAGUUCACUUGCACUAUUCAAGAAACUGGAUUUAGCUCUUCUCUAUUAUUAUUUCCCCAUUUCAGAAGACAUCGUUUUGACGUUUUCGGUUCGGUAAAGAUUGCUUCCUCCUCCUCCUAUUCGAAGGGGAAUGUUAUGAGGUCAAGAAGAAAUGUGAAAGCUUUUGGGUUAGUUGAUAAACUUGGGAAGAAGGUAUGGAGAGAGAAAGGAGAAGAUAGUGACAGUGAAGAUGAGGGAGAUGAGGAAGUGAAAAAAGAUACCUCUGAAGGGAGUCUUGAUGAUCCAGAAGAGAGAAGAGAAUGGAGGAAGACGAUAAGAGAUGUUAUUGAUAAGCAUCCCGAUGUCGAAGAAGAUGAAGAGAUUGAUAUGGUUGAGAAGAGGAGGAAGAUGCAAAAGCUUCUUGCUGAUUACCCACUUGUUGUGAAUGAAGAGGAUCCUGAUUGGCCUGAGGAUGCUGAUGGUUGGGGGUUUAGUUUCAACCAGUUCUUUAAUAAGAUAACGAUUAAGAAUGAAAAGAAGAAGGAUGAUGAUGAUGAAGAUGAUGAUGAAGGAGAUGAUAAUGAGAAGGAGAUUGUUUGGCAAGAUGACAACUAUAUACGCCCGAUUAAAGGUCUCAAAACUGCAGAAUGGGAAGAGACGGUGUUCAAAGAUAUCAGUCCUCUCAUGGUUCUUGUUCACAACCGCUACAAAAGGCCAAAGGAAAACGAAAAAUUCAGGGAAGAAUUAGAGAAAGCUAUUCAGGUAAUAUGGAACUGUGGACUUCCUUCACCAAGGUGUGUUGCUGUUGAUGCUGUGGUUGAGACAGAUUUAGUCUCUGCAUUGCAAGUAUCUGUGUUCCCAGAGAUCAUCUUCACUAAAGCCGGAAAGAUACUAUACCGUGAGAAAGGCAUUAGAACAGCAGAUGAGCUUUCAAAAAUCAUGGCCUUCUUCUAUUAUGGAGCUGCAAAACCACCUUGUUUGAAUGGUGUGGAUAAUUCGCAAGAACAGAUUCCUUUAGUCGAUAAGAUGAUAAAUUAUGAGUCACAGAAGCAGAGACUUCGCGUCCGUAAACACUUGAUCACCAUGUUUCUCUCUCGUGUGACGUGCUCUCUUCUCCCUUUCUCUCUCGCUCUCUCUCAAUCUCUCCUUCUCAUUUCCUCUUCAUGGUUGGAUUCGUUCCGGUUUCCAAAUUUCUUCAUUUCGUGAGUUCUUUUGAUCUUCUUCU